AUGGCGAGUUGCGGGAGCAGCGCGGAGAAAGYGGCGUUUUUGUGCUGCUUCUUGCUGGCGGCCGCGAGCCUCGCCUGCUGCGCCCGGGCCGAGCAGGAGGAAGAGCGAGAAGAGCAGCGCUCCUGCCACGGAGCCUUUGAUCUCUACUUCGUCCUGGACAAGUCUGGAAGUGUCAGAAACCAUUGGACAGAGAUUUAUUCUUUUGUUGAAAGCCUGGCUGAGAAGUUCAUAAGCCCCAUGCUACGCAUGUCUUUCAUCGUGUUUUCCUCACGAGGCACCACGGUCAUGAAAUUAACUGAAAAUAGGGAAGCCAUAAGGCGAGGGCUUGAGAUUCUUCAGUACGAAGUGCCCGGAGGAGACACCUUCAUGCAUGAAGGCUUUAAAAGGGCAAAUGAGCAGAUUUACCAUGAAACCUACGGAGGAGUUCGAACUGCCAGUGUGAUUAUAGCCCUGACGGAUGGAGAAUUGCAAGAUGUUCAGUUUUAUUAUGCAGAACAAGAAGCCAACCGAGCGAGGAGUUUAGGAGCUAUUGUCUACUGUGUUGGAGUGAAAGAUUUCAAUGAAACUCAGCUGUCAACAAUUGCUGACAGCAUCGAUCAUGUUUUCCCAGUAACAGGAGGCUUUUAUGCCCUAAGAGGAACCAUUGAUUCGAUUCUCAAGAAGUCUUGCAUUGAGAUCCUCGCGGCCGAACCAUCAAGUGUUUGUGCAGGAGAAUCCUUUCAAGUUGUGGUAAGAGGCAAUGGCUUUUAUCAUGCAAGGAAUAUCGACCAGGUUCUGUGCAGCUUCAAGCUCAAUGACAGCAUUACCAUCAAUGAAAAGCCGACCAUUGUUCAUGAUACUUACUUACUUUGUCCUGCUCCAGUGAUAGAAGAUGCUGGACAGGUGGUUUUCCUACAAGUCAGCAUGAACAACGGGCUAACAUUCAUCUCCAGCUCUGUCAGCAUCACCAGCACACAGUGUCUGACUGGGACGAUACUUUUCAUUGCCCUCUUGAUUCUCUUUCUGCUGCUGGCUCUGGCUCUUCUUUGGUGGUUCUGGCCUCUUUGCUGCACAGUGGUGAUCAAGGAGCCGCCGCCGCCACCGCCUCCGGAGCCUGAAUCGGAUGAUGAAGAUGGAUUGCCAAAGAAGAAAUGGCCAACCGUGGAUGCCUCUUAUUACGGAGGCCGAGGUGUUGGUGGAAUUAAGAGGAUGGAGGUGAGAUGGGGAGACAAAGGAUCAACUGAGGAAGGAGCAAAACUGGAGAAGCCCAAAAAUGCCAUUAUUAAGUUGCCAGAGCAGGAGUAUGAGCCGUGGGAACCGAAGCCGAAAAAGCCUCACGUGAGAAAACCCCCUUCUCAGCGGAAAUGGUACACGCCGAUCAAGGGCAAGCUGGAUGCACUGUGGGCUCUGGUUCGGCGAGGCUACGAUCAGGUGUCUCUUAUGAGACCGCAGCCAGGGGAUAAGGGAAGAUGCAUAAACUUCACUCGUGUGAAAUCAGACGGGACCUCCGCUCCUUACAGCCCGCCUCCGAAGGUGCCGAAGCGGGAUGACAUCCCCCUCAACAACGCCCCGAGAUGCCCUUCUCCUCCCGCCUCUCUGCAGCCUCCCUCCAGGCAGCCCCCCCCCGGGCCGCCCCCGUCCCGAGCCCCCCCUGGGCCGCCCCCCUCGCGCCCGCCCCCCCAGCCCAUGGCCUAG